AAUAGUGUGUGCUCAUCGCGCAAGCGCGUGACGGUAAAAUCAUGGCGGAUUCAGGAAGCGAGGAUAUAGCGGUGAUUGGAAACACAGAUCUGACUCCGUCCGAGUCGGAGAACAACAUAAAAAACGCCAUAAAACCAAUGAUCGAAAAAGGGACAAGUCUUCUAAAGAGGAUGGAGAUCGGUGUGGCUGAAGCUGAGAAAAGAACAGGGAAGAAUGCUGUCAACAUGCAGGAGACUUAUACAGUGUAUCUUAUAGAAACGAGGCCGGUGGAUGCUGCUUUGGAGGGGACCAAUCCUGUCCCAGAUUCUCUUUGGAGGCGUUACAGCGAGUUUGAGCUCCUUAGAAACUAUUUGUUAGUCACCUAUCCAUUUGUGGUGGUUCCACCUUUGCCUGAAAAACGGGCUGAAUUUGUUUGGCACAAGUUAUCGGCAGACAACAUGGAUCCCGAUUUCGUGGAGAGGCGUAGGGUCGGACUGGAGAACUUCCUGCUCCGAGUGGCCUCACAUCCAGUCCUGUCCAAUGACAAGAUCUUGUAUUCGUUCCUCACAGAGGAAAAUGGUUGGAAGGAACACGUGUUUGAGACCGGAUUUCAGGCAAAGGCCGAUUCAAGAUUAAAGGCUUUAAACGCCACAUUCAGAGUGAAGAAUCCAGACAAACGUUUUGCAGAAAUGAAACACUACGGAGAUGACCUGCAGUCUGUUAUUUCCCAGCUGCUGAGAGUUCGAGCGAGAGCAGCUGAUCGCCUAUAUGGAGUCUACAAAGUGCAUGGAAAUUAUGGAAGAGUCUUUAGUGAGUGGAGCGCCAUUGAGAAAGAGAUGGGAGAUGGGCUGCAGAGCGCUGGCCAUCACAUGGAUGCGUAUGCUGCCUCUGUGGAUGAUAUUCUGGAGGAAGAGGAGCAUUAUGCUGACCAGCUGAAGGAGUAUCUUUUCUACGCAGACUCAUUAAGAGCAGUGUGUAAGAAGCAUGAGCUCACACAGUAUGAACUGGAGAUGGCUGCCCAGGAUCUGACCUCUAAGAAACAGCAGCGGGAGGAACUUGCCACUGGGAUGGUACGGACCUUCUCUCUGAAGGGGAUGACCAGUAAGCUGUUUGGACAGGAGACCCCAGAGCAGAGAGAAGCCAAGCUGAAAAUGCUGGAGACACAAAUUGAGGAAGGAGAGGAACUGGUCAAAGAACGAAAUGCAGAAUGCGAAGAGUUUGUGAAGAGUGCAUGGGUGGAUGUUGAGAGGUUCAAAGAGCAGAAGGACCAUGAUCUAAGAGAGGCUCUCAUCAGUUAUGCUAUCAUGCAGAUCAGCAUGUGCAAAAAGGGAAUUCAAGUGUGGAACAAUGCGAAAGAGUGCUUCAGUAAGAUGUGAAGGUCAAGUUAUGACACCACAACACCAGGAGGCCUUGGAGACGUCGAUCCAGAGAAGCACACACUCCUACAGACUGACCUGGGGGACUGAAGUCUUCCUCACAAAUACUAAACUUUUCUCAACCUCUUGAACCAGAGGCUCAGAAUAUCAAAUAAUAUUGUCACACACAAUAUUCAGAGUCUAAAUAAUGAAUGAAUUAAUGAAUAGGGUGCUGUUUUAUUUAUGGUUGCUUCACAAUAGUUAUGAAGGGAAAUUGACAAUAACUCUUCAGAAACACAAAAAAGGACUUUAUUAUAAUUAUUCCUGGUUACUCUGAAACUAUGUAAUGUCUUUUUCUUUUUUGGUGAUCUCUAUGCCUUUUGUUGCCAAUAUUUGUGCUGAAAUCUUUCCUUUUAUAUCUUCUUUGAACAUUUCACCUCUCGGGUUCACCAGAAAAUAGUCUUAAUUAAAAAAAUGCUGAAUCAAGGAUUAAAAUGAUCAAAACAAAAUAUGGUGGUGGAUUUUGGGAGAGAAUAACAUUUCACAGUGUACCCAGCAGUUCCAUUUUAAUCAUACCCACACCCCUCCCCAUAAUAAUGGUCUUGCAUAUCUGGAAUUCAUCCAGUUACUUUGGAACAUGUGAAAUUAUCUUUAUCACUUGCACAGAGGACACCAAGAGGGAAGUAACUGGUCUAAUUCACAUCAACUAAAUUUGCCCUUAACACUUAUAGCACAAACAUAAUAUUAUCCCUGGUGUUCAUCAGAACAUACUAGUCUGCCACUUCUCUGCACAUUCAGCUAUAAAACACAAGCUGUUUAUAGCCACUGACCACCUCCCUGUAUAAUUCAGCUGAGAAAAAUUAGUAUGCUGUUUAUGCCUUAUUCGAGACCUUACUCUGCAUAUUUUCUUUGUUGCCACAGUUCCUCUAUGAAUGCCAUAUUUGUCAUUUGUGAUGAUGAGUGGGUGGGUCAGUGUUUUCAUAAAUUUGGCUGAAGGAACAGAAUAUAAUAAUUUCCUAAUUUUAGUGCUGCAUGAGUAUGUAAUUCAGUCUGACCCCUGUUGUGGUUUAUAUUGGGUGAGAGAUAACCAUUUGUAUAUACUGUUAGAAUCAUUGCUGUUUAACACUAAUAAAUCCUGACAUUUCUAAUACCAUUA